UCUUGAGUCUUGACAAAACAAAUCUCUUAGGAUCCGCACCUUCCCUGUCACCAAAAGCGACCCUUUUGGAAAUUUUCCAUUUUCCCCUCUGGUCUAGCAUAUGUAUGUACUAUAAAUAGUGUUCUUAAGUUCCUAGCCUAGCAACUAGUAAGUUUCAAUUCCUUCUUGUUAUAAUUAGCAGACAAUGGCGUCGAGAAGUAACGGAGUUGUGUUCGAAGAUUUCUUCCCGACAAUGGUGGAGAGGUUAGGCACAGAAGGGUUCAUGAAGGAGUUGAGCAAUGGGUUCAGCUUGUUAAUGGAUGGGGAGAAAGGUGUCAUCACAUUCGAGAGCUUGAAGAGGAACUCUGCAUUGCUGGGUUUGCAGGGGAUGAGUGAUGAAGACUUAAGGUGCAUGCUGAGGGAAGGUGAUUUGGAUGGGGAUGGGUGCUUGAAUGAGAUGGAGUUUUCUACUCUUAUGUUUAGAUUAAGUCCCGAGUUGAUGCAGAAUUCUAAAGAAUUGUUGGAGGAAGCUCUAACUUUUUAAGAGAGCAGAGCAGUGAUCAAAUGUACUCAAUUAAUUGCUACGCAAUUUAAUUUUCUCUUUUUAUUCCCUCGCUGGGAGGCUACGUUGUACUAUCUCUAUCUGUAAUUUUGUGCUUUAUCAAUGAAACUACGUGCUUCGUUAA